AUGACGUGUCCAGUCGAAGACCAGGCCGCGGUGCCGGACGCAGGCGACGGUGUACACGUCAGCGUGGCAGAAUCGGUGUACACCAGAGAGUGGCUGCUGUCUGUGCGAGCGUUCGUUCCGGUGACAGAUGAUGAUCAGGUUUGCCUGAAGUCACUUCACAUAACCCCGGAUGCAAGCCCCUGCAGUAUGAGCAAUGACUUCAGCCCAAAGUUUGGCACACUUGAAGGAAAUGUGCCAGGCCUUUCAUUCGAGAUGAAGAAGUUGUCACCCAAGGUGGUGCCGCCGACGGCAGCACUGAUGGUGACGCCGGCUGAGAAGGCAGCGAUGCAGGAAAUGAUUUUUGCAAGCCUGCAGAAGGACAUUGAACAAGCAACCGCUCUUGCACUGGCAUCCGAUGAAACUUUACCAGCAAGGGCUGGUUGGGGCAAGGGUGGUGAUCCUUCCCAGUUGCUCAAUCGAAUCCGACGCGCGCCUGGUCGCAGUGUGCCUUUAGCAACAUUGGUGGAUGAGGCGCCCCUUGAUUUAAAGCUUCUCUUGCAGGAUGCUGAAGCCUUCGCUACGUGGCUUCGGCAUCGUACAGGUCUCCUGCAGGUCAAAGGUCUAGCAGGAGACGAAUAUGUGACAUGGGCCGGGUCCACCAAGGAGUCUGCAGAGGAGUCUCACGAAUUUGCAUUCAAUCCUCAGGCAUCAGAGUUCAAUCCGUGGAUGUACGGAGACGAGUGCAACUACGACUUUGAUCCAUCAGAGUAUAUGACUGUCGAGGAGGCUGCCAAAAUGUACUAUGGAGAAGGCCAAGAUGGCGACUACGGACUCCUUGGUCCAGACUGCAUUGACUUUGCGCUGCCUGGAGAAAUGCUUGGAGAUACCGUCCAAGGAGUUGAUGAUGUCGAGGAAGUGCCCCUCAGCGCCAUUGGCCCACCGCCCGGGUUGAGCGAGGAGGCGGAAGAACCGCCCAAGGACAAGGACACCACAGAGGCAGUUAUAUUCGGAGCUCUCAACCCCAAGGCCGCUGAAUUUCAUCCCACCGCAUUCUUGGCUGAGUAUGACAAGGCUCGCAAAGUGGGGCCGAAGUCACACAAGGCCAAAUCUCGGCGAGUUGCUUCCAGACCGUGUGCCAUUCCCGAGGAGCCAAUCACAGGCUCUUCAGAAACAGCCUCUGGUGGCGAGGAUCCUGCCACUGUCUACGAGGAAUCCACGUCUGGAGAAGACGAGGAACAUGAAGUGCCUAAGCAUGCUUAA